AUGGCGUACCACCAAAUUCCCAUGCACAAGGCUGAUAAAGAAAAAACAGCAUUUGCUACCCCCCGUGGAGGAUUAUAUCAAUACACAGUGAUGCCAUUUGGACUGUGCAAUGCACCAGCUACAUUUCAACGUGUUAUUGAAAAAGUUUUGAGCGGAUUACAGUGGCGGAUAUCGGUGUUAUACCUCGACGAUAUCAUAGUUCACAGCCAUGAUUUUGAUACCCAUCUAGAAAACUUGAACUUAGUACUUGACCGAUUACAGGCAGCAAAUUUGAAAUUAAAAGCCAAAAAGUGCAACUUUUUCCAGAGAGAAGUGAAUUUCCUAGGACAUGUAGUUUCUCAAGAAGGAAUAAAGACCGAUUUGUCAAAGAUAACUCUAGUGAAGGAAUGGAAAAUUCCAAGUAAUGUCACAGAACUUAGAAGCUUUCUAGGAUUAGCAGCGUAUUAUCGAAGAUUUAUUCAAGGAUUUGCUAAAAUAGCAAAGAGUUUACAUGCUCUCACUGGUAAAAAUAACACAUGGAACUGGACUACUGAAUGUACGGAAGCUUUUGAACUGCUAAAGGAGAGACUUGUAUCAGCCCCAAUUCUUGGAUAUCCAGAUGUAACUGGGGGCGAAUUUAUACUGGAUACCGAUGCCAGUAAUGAGGCCAUUGGAGCAGUGCUAUCGCAAAAGCAAGAUGGCAGAGAAGUUGUUAUUUGCUACGGGAGCCGCGUUUUGUCUAACUCUGAGAAAAACUACUGUGUCACAAGAAAGGAAAUGCUUGCAGUAGUGUACUUUAUCAAACAGUUUAAACAUUAUUUAUUAGGACGAGAAUUCUUAUUACGAACUGAUCACGGAUCAUUAGUCUGGCUGCAUAAGAUGAAGGAACCAGAAGGUCAGAUGGCAAGAUGGCUAGAACAACUAGGACCAUAUACGUUCAAAAUUGAACAUCGUUCUGGAAAACAGCAUGGAAAUGCAGAUGCCAUGUCUAGAAUACCGUGUGACUCGACUUGUAAACAGUGCAAAUACAGACCUUUUGAUAGUGAUAAUAAAACAUUCUCUCAUGUAAGAGAAUUACGGAAAACUCUUGGCGAUAUCAAGGAAGAUGAAGAAGACGUUUUGGAAUUUGACAGACUGUUUAGUGUAAAUGUCUCUGAAUGUGCACCGAUAUCAAGAAAUUCGAGACGCAAAGCUAACAGACCAGCCAGAGCAAAAGCUAGAAGCCAACCAACAGAACCACUAGAUAUUCAAAAUAUUAGAAAACAUCAAAUCGAGGAUAACGGAAUGCGAAUUAUUAUCAAGUGGCAGGAAAAAGGCGAGAAACCUCCAUUAUCAGUGAUAUCGUGUGAAAAUUCCGAGUGUAAAUUCUGGUUUUCAAGAUGGGAAUUAUUGUUUAUGGAUCGUGGAAUUUUAUGCAUUCGUUGGAUACAAUCGGGAACCGGAAAGGAGGAUUACAAAAUAUGUGUUCCACGGAAAUUACGAAGUGUAAUUCUAUGGCAACUGCAUGAUUCCAAUUGUGCGGGACAUAUGGGAGAGAAAAGAACACUUGCGAAAGUGCGAAGUUCGGUUUAUUAUUGGCCGAGAAUGCGACAAAGUGUACAUGAUUAUGUAUUAUCUUGUGAUAUUUGUGAAGAGAGGAAAAAUCCACCAAGAACGAAAAGAUCCCGUAUGAAACAACAUUUCAGUGGUGAACCGUUUGAGAGAAUAGCCAUUGAUAUUACUGGACCUUUCCCAAAAUCGGACAAAGGAUAUUCAUACUUAUUAGUGGUUGCAGAUUACUUUACAAAAUUCAUGGAGAUUUUUCCGCUAGUGAAUAUAGAAGCUGAAACAGUUGCUGAAGUGAUUUUUAAGGGCUGGAUUAAACGGUAUGGCUGUCCAAGUGAGAUUCAUUCCGAUCAAGGGAGACAGUUUGAGAGUCACUUAUUCCAAGGAUUGUGCCGGAUAUUCCAGAUCAACAAAACUCGGACAACUCCAUAUCAUCCGCGAUCCGAUGGAAUGGUGGAACGUUUGAACCGAACCAUAAAAGAAAUGCUGUCCAAAUAUAUAUCAUCACAUCAAACGGACUGGGAUCGUUAUAUAGAUGGUAUUGUUCUGGCCUAUAAUACCACGCCACAUGAAACUACGGGUAUAUCGCCGUAUAGGAUGUUAUUUGCAAGAGAAGCAAACUUACCAUUGAAUUUAAUGACUGAAAAGGACACUACAGACAGUGAUCGUGAAAUUAGUGACGCAAAGUAUGUGCGCAACUUAGAAAACAACCUCAGAGAAAUUCAUCAAUUAGCGAGAGAAGCAAUGAAAAAUAACUCCAACAGACAGAAACGAAACUUUGACAAAAAUAUACGAGAACUAUCCUACGAAGUCGGAGAUUUAGUGCGCCGUAGUCAACCAAAAAUUGUUGAGGGAACAAAACAAAAAUUGGCUAGGAAAUGGACUGGACCAUGGAUCGUCACAAGAAGACUCUCAGAUGUUUUAUACCAGAUAAAACACGCGAAGAAUUCAAAACCCGUUAUUAUUCAUGCUGACAACCUUAAACGAUACCAUGGCAGUAAAACUUUAUCAGGUGUUAAUUCUGAUUCAGACGAACCGGACGAUUCUAGUGAACCACUUCCCGACCGAACCGACCCGCCUGUCGCGACGCCCCAUACGGAAUCAGCGGAACUUCAAAGGACUGGAAGGGAGAUGGACAAAGUAUCGCAGCCUACCACCACCUUGACACGCAGGGGUCGUGCAGUCAAAAUACCCAAGCGUUUCUUGUAA